ACCACCCUUUGCGACCAUCUUCCAGACUGGUUACUUUAGAAUCUAGUCGGAGAUAUCGAUUGCCCCGCCUUGCUCGGGAGGGUCAUUGACUUCCGGACCACAAAUGGGAACGCCCUUUGGGGGGGUCGCUGUCGCCAACUUAUUGGCUGUCCUGCCAGCGAGACUGGCGGUGAUUGGAUCACCUGGAAGGAGGAAACUCCGGCCUUGGCCUCGGCGCGACAGAGACGCUGCUGUGCUGGGAAUGGGUGGUCAGGACCUGCGGGCCGAGCUGGACUUGCUGCUCCUGCAGCUGCUUGGGGAUCUGGAGGAGCUAGAGACGAAGCGGGUGGUGUUGAACGCCAGGGUGGAGGAGGGCUGGCUCUCGCUCGCCAAGGCUCGCUACGCCAUGGGCACCAAGUCGGUGGGGCCCCUGCAGUAUGCCUACCGCAUGGAGCCUCGGGUCUGCGUGCAAGCCAGCGAGGACCAGGAUGGACUCCAAACAUUCAGGGUGGUGAGAGCUGACGCCAAGACUCCCGAGGAGGUGGGGCCUCAAGAGGCAGCUCUGCACAGGCGAAAGGGCCCCACCAAGACUCCAGAGCCAGAGCUCUCUGUCCCACAGGACCCCCUAAAUUGGUUUGGAAUCCUGGUUCCUCACAGUCUGCGGCAGGCCCAAGCCAGCUUUCAGGAUGGCCUUCAGCUAGCUGCAGAUAUAGCCAACCUCCAGACGCGCAUUAACUGGGGUCAAAGCCAGUUCCAGGGGCUACAGGAGAAACUCAAGCAGCUGAAGACUGGUGCUGCCUGACCUGUGUCCAUAGAGGCAGAUGUUGAGCACUGCUCUCCUGGAUGUGGCUGUCUUAUCUCAGGCUCAGGCCUUCUUGCUUCACAGAUAGCCUCUCCUCCUACCUCUUGUCCCAGCUAAUGCCCCCUCUUAAAAUGUUUCCCACUGCAUGUUUUUAACUUUGUAAGGUGCAAAGUUUGAAAAGGCAAAGUAAGUAAUGUUGAAAGCCACAUCUAGGCCCAACUUUUCAUAGGACCCACCCCUUAGAGAGAGCAGGUAAAGGGCUGUACGUGUAUAUCAACCGUUGAACAGCCUCAGAUCAGUCAGCUGUGAUAUUGUUCCCAGAUAAUGAAACACUGUGAACAGUGGCAGAAAAGGACAAGAGGGAAUGCUUGUCCAGAUCAUCAGCCCUAACAUGGAUGGAAAAAAGGACCGUGCGUAACUGACAUAUCCAGACAGUAUAAUGUCACUCAUUAAAAAUAUAGCUACUGGAUGUAAUGAUGGACACAAGUAGCCCCAGCUACUUGGAAAGCUAAGUUAGGAAAAUCACUUGAGAGCUCCACUGAAGAAUCAUUCUGGAUAACAUAGUGAGAUCCCUCAUCAAAACAGUAACAGGAAGAACAAAACAAAAAUCAGCUGAAAGUUGGGCAAUCCUUAAUAAUGUCUAAAGAAGGAAAUAAACAUCUGACUUAGAUUUUCAAGGGAACUCUGAGAAGAGACCCUGCAAGUUUAUAAAACCUUUAUCUUUUCUGGAGUUUAUCUUUCUGUCUUCCUUUAUUGAACAGCCAGUGUGCUUCCUGCUCUAGGAAUUGUGUUUUUGCCUGACUUUUCUGCUGCAUUAUUACCUUUGUAGCAGUUUCUGGCAGAUCUUUGUUCUGUGGGUGGUACUGUAAUCCCUUUUGUUUAUAAUAAGAUGUAAAUAGUUUCUCCAGAUUGUUUUUUACCUUUGUUUUUAGUGUUUAAAAAUUUUCUACAUUGCAAAAUAAAACAGGAAAGCUUGUGUUUUCAAAUCA